CCAUCCUCAGCGAAGUGUCCACCCGCUCGAGGUCUAAGCUGCCAUCGGGCAAAAAUAUUCUUGUUUUUGGUGAUGAUGGUUCAGGUAAAACCACACUUAUGGCUAAAAUACAGGGAGCAGAACACGGCAAGAAGGGAAGAGGGCUGGAAUAUUUAUAUCUAAAUAUUCAUGAUGAAGACAGAGAUGAUCACACUCGCUGUAACGUUUGGAUUCUUGAUGGAGACCUAUAUCAUAAAGGGCUGUUGAAGUUUGCGGUUUCUGCAGAAUCCCUGCAAGACACCAUUGUAGUCUUUGUUGCGGAUAUGUCUAGACCUUGGACUGUUAUGGAGUCUUUACAGAAGUGGGCCAGUGUCUUGCAAGAACAUAUUGAUAAGCUGAAAAUUCCUCCAGAAGAGAUGAGGGACAUGGAACAGAAGUUUAUAAAAGAGUUUCAAGAAUAUGUAGAACCUGAAGAAAGCUACCAAGGAUCACCGCAGAGAAGAGGCCCCUCUUCUGGUCAAGAGGAUGAGAGUGUUUCUUUGCCACUUGGAGAAAAUGUGCUGACCCACAACCUUGGUAUUCCUGUGCUGGUAGUUUGUACAAAAUGUGAUGCAGUGAGUGUACUAGAGAAGGAGCAUGAUUACCGAGAAGAACACUUUGACUUCAUUCAGUCACAUAUUCGUCGAUUUUGCUUACAGUAUGGAGCUGCCUUGAUUUAUACAUCAGUUAAAGAGGAAAAGAAUCUUGACCUGUUGUAUAAGUACAUUGUACAUAAAACAUACGGUUUUCAGUUUACCACACCUGCCUUAGUGGUAGAAAAAGAUGCGGUUUUUAUACCUGCUGGUUGGGACAAUGAAAAGAAAAUUGCCAUUUUACAUGAAAACUUCACAACAGUGAAACCAGAAGAUGCGUAUGAGGACUUCAUUGUAAAACCUCCUGUAAGAAAGUUAGUCCAUGAUAAAGAGUUGGCGGCAGAAGAUGAACAAGUAUUUCUUAUGAAGCAACAGUCAUUCCUUGCCAAGCAGCCAGCAACGCCUACAAGAGCAUCAGAAUCUCCUGCAAGAGGACCAGCAGGAUCCCCAAGAACUCAAGGCAGAGCUGGUCCCACCAAUGUACCUAGUGCCUCACCAAUAACAUCAGUUAAGAAACCGGAUCCAAAUAUUAAAAAUAAUGCUGCAAGUGAAGGUGUCUUGGCUAGUUUCUUUAACAGUCUUUUGAGCAAGAAGACUGGCUCUCCUGGGAGCCCCAGUGCUGGAGGAGUGCAAAGUGCAGCCAAGAAAUCAGGACAAAAAACAGUUUUGACAAAUGUUCAAGAGGAAUUGGACAGGAUGACUCGCAAGCCAGAUUCUAUGGUAACAACAAACUCUCCUCCAACAGAGAAUGAAGCUUGAUAACGCUUAAAAAUGCAUAUGUAAAUGACCAAAUAACUAUGUAUAUUGAUCUGAUAAGACCAGGAAUUUUCUGCUAUGGCAGAUGCUAUCAGUUUUUUGGGGCAGGGGAAAUGAGCUUACUAUGUCAUUGCCUUGUCCCAGUAAAAAGUGCACAUUCAGGAAGUUUGCAUAUAAAAUCCCUCUGUAUAAGAUAACCAUUUAGAGUUUAUAUAGGGCAAUUCUUUUGAUUUUGGAGGUAAGCAAGUGCAGCUGCAUUUCCUGUUGUGAAGAGCACAGAGAAGCAAAAUGCAGAAUUAUUAGUGAAAUACUACUACGACUGACUGCACACAAGGCAAGAAAGAGAAAUGAAAUCCUUCUUCAGAGCUAAUGGAAUCGGCUACUUGUAUGUUUGCAAAUGCGUAAUAUGCUGGAAAGGUGGUGGUGGUGUAACAGCAUUAACUAGAUGAAAGAGGCUAGGUGGGGAAUGCAUCCCUAAAAGGGGAAAUGGAUCUGAUUCAGUAAGAAGCUAGAAUGUUGGAGUGACUGGAGAGGAGCAAUGUUUUUAAAUCCUGUGUUCCACAUAGGGUAAAUAAUCACUGUUUUAAAAAGACUACUUUGUUGGAGAUUUCCAAGCCAAACACAAAACAUCAUGGGAAUUUAUUUUUAUUUUAUUUUAAUUUAGUUUUUUUAAAAAAAGGUCUAAGAGUGUGGAUGCCCUUUCUGGUGUAGCUGACAAAGGGAGAAACUAUAACUUGUUUAGAUCCAAGUGCCUGGCACAGUGUGUGAUGUGUCUUUAGAAGGUGCUUGAACUUAUUGUGCACUGUAGUACAAACAGUCACUGUUUGGUUUUAUUUUAAAAACGGUAGUUUGGCAAUUUGUAUUUAAUUUUAAGUCCUGUUUUCUGAUAGCUUCUGCCUUUUUUUAUGCCAAGAGGCUAGCCUAUGAAGAAUGGUAGGUGACAUAUCAUUUUCCCAUAAUGAAAUGUGCUACAGAAUACUCGGUAUUUUUUUCUUAGUUUUUGUAACUAAAUUUUAGCUACCAAGCUAAAUUGAUUCCUGCCUUAUACCUGUGGAGGUUUUAAAAAAACUUUCAAGGCCCUUGUUUCAACCACAUCUGCUGCAAGUGCAGCCAACUUGAAUUCUGAAGGUAACCCAAAAAGGUAUGAAUGUGUACGUGAUGAACACGGAGCCAAUAACUGACUUUGUGUUUCCUUUAAUGUAGCAUUUCAUUUGGAAAGAUGGGUUCUAGUUGUCCCCGUAGCUGCAGUGGAGUUCUGUCCAUGGUCACCUAACACUGUCAUUCUGUAAAAUCAAACAAAACUGCUAAGGUUACUGAAAUGGCACUUUGAUUUUAUAUACGGUAUGCUUGUUUUCCAUGUACACACUACCAUAAAUUAAGAAUACCAAGCAUAUUCUGUUCUCUUAACGCUGAAGGGAAAAACCACAAUUUGAAUUAUGCAGAGUUUACUUUUUAUUGAUAUGAACUUGUACUAAAUCGGAUGUCUGGAUAUAACUUCCUUAAUAUAUAUUGUUACUUAAAUACACAGACUUAGAUUGACCACUAACACAGUACUGGUUGUUAACUUCAAAUCCUAUGUUACAUCAAGAGGCUGUUCUUGUAAGUCUGUCUAAAUAUUAUCUAGAAAGCUAAGAGUAUUUACUUGCCUCUUUGACAAACGUUAACAUAAGUAUGUUAUUUGUGCCAGUUUUUUGUUGAAAAUAUUAUAAUUUUUUUUACUUUUUUUAAAAUAAAAGGUAUGACCUCAAGUUACAUAGUUGUCUAGGUAGCAGUUAAACUAAGCCUCCGGAUGGCUAGCACCAUGUGAAUGUACUUCCUGGUGUAGUGGGUGCCAGUUGCAAGUUACUGCACCAGAAGAAGUAAUAACAUACUGUCCUUCUGACACUAAAAGUUUAGACUGGAGACUAAACAUCAAAAGCAAGACAGGAAUAUUGAAAAAGUGUGAUCACAAUAGGAUAAUAGGAUAUAGUUUAAAAACCUCAGUACAAAACUGCUUUUUUUGGGGGUAGGGCUGGGGGGUGGGUAUUUUAUCGUGAUAAGCACUUUCUCUAGCAGUAUGGCUAAAACCUACAAUUGAAGUAUUUUCCUUUUUUGUAAGAAUGUUAAAUUUACUAAAAUUCAUCAAAACUAAUAAUGUAUGAUAACAUACCAAUUUUGCAGAAAGAUGAUUCUGACAAAACAGAUUUCUUGUUUCUAACUGCAAGUGAAUGCUCCUAGUUUGUUGAAAGAAAUUUGUAAGUAACAUCGCAUCCUGUGGUUGCCAAAGUCUGUCAGCUUUGGUGAGCUGCACAAUUGUUCUUCUGGUGUCUUCAAGCAUUGGAACCAAAGGCCAAAUUGCAAACAGCCUUUACAUUUUCAAGUGAAACUUCAUUUUAUUUGCAGAUACACUUGUAUGGUAGACUGUUUAAACUAUUAUAUGACUAUAUUUAUAUGCAUUAUAGUGACUGCAUCUACUGUUCAUGUUUAAACUAAGAAAACAAAAGAUGAAAUUAUCAACUUGAAGCAAUUAAAAAGUUUAAGGAUUGGCCCUCCAUAAAAAUGCUAUGGUUAUGCUGCUUGAUUUUAAGUUUGCACUUUUUUUUUAUUGGCGUUUUAAAAGCUGUUUAAACUGAACAGAAUUUCGUAUUUUAUUUAAUUUAACUACAUUGAAAGUGACUGCUUUGUACAUCAUGAACUUAACAAUAUAAAUGCUGUAAAUGAAAGUUCACUGUCAUGUGUACUAAGGUUAUUGAUUUAUUUUUUU